CACCGCACAGCAUUCAAUCACCCCUGACAGGCAGACAGACAGACACCCACACGAUGGCAAAAUGAUAGCAACAUUGCAACCACACACAACACAACACACCAAAGCAAAGAGAACGCAGUGAGUGAGGCAGGCAGGCAGGCAGUGACCUUCCUUCUGCAGGAACCAAACCGUCCCUGCAGGUAAUGCGCUUGACGGCACCUUCAGGCCACCCGACCAGCCGACACAUCACGACAAACAACCUGCACACACGCACAUAUUGACAUACACACACAAUGACGGCAGACUUAACACGUGAAGCCUUCCUUCUCCCGCUCUCUGCCGGCGCACCUUACCUUUUUCUCCUCGACAACUAGCUGGCUUGGUUGCUUAGUGGCUAUGAGGCGGUGGCGGCGCCGCCCUCCUUGUCCCUCUGGUUCCAUAUGUAGACACCGCUCGACGCCUCCAGCCGCAGCCCGCGACGCCCAAACGCACAGUCCAAACUCUUCACCAAAGCCGGCAGACCAGCACCAGCACCACCACCACCACCAGCACCACCACCCUCACACAAACCGACACCAGCACCAGCAGGUGCGGGGGGGUACGCCACACUGCCGGUGGUGCUCUCGGCCGGCCGGGUGCGAAUGUACGGUGGCCGCCCGGAGGCCGCGUUGAUCGCGGGGGGCAGUCUGACAGGGUCGGGCAGCAGCAGGUUGGGGGUGUGGCGCGUCCGCGAGGCUGACGAGAACACGCGACGGGCGUGUGGCGGCGGCUGUUGGUGUGUGGGUACUGCGGGGGCGACGGGUGAGGGUGAGGGUGAGGGAGUGGGCAGGGGCGGGGAGGGGGGCAGCGGCAUCGGCGCGUCCUCGUCGUGGACUGUCACGUAGUACAGCCCCACCUGUGUGAGGCUGGGGCACUUCUUGACCAGCUGCUGCGCCGCCACACGCCCCACCCACGCAGCCAUCGACGCACCCAAAGGCGCGCCCUUGCCGGGGGAGAGGGCGCUGGCCACAGCGACGGACGGGCCGCUGCCGUCGCUGCCGCACACAAUGUGGAGACGCUGCAGCCGACACUGGUCGUGGUCCUCCUGGCUCUCCGGCGGUGUGUGUGAUGUGGGGAAUGGCGUGCUGAUGUCGGUGGUCGGGGCGGUGCUGCUGGCGAGUGCCAGGUGUGUGAGGAUGGGCGACGGGAAGUGUGGGACGGCCAGCACCAGGGACUCCAGGCCUCUCAACGUCGACGGACGGAGACCUGUUCGAUCGACACCAUCCAUAUGUACAUAUCCGCCAUCCAUUUUGCCCUGCCCAUCUGAUCUGCGUACAUACCUCUGAUGAGCCACAGUGGCCAGUCGAAGUCCCCCUCCCCGCCCUCUUGCGUGAGUGACAGGUGCCUCAGAGAGGCAUGCAGGCGCCUAACCCACCCCAUGUGGACCUCCAGGGUGUCGCCGCUCGUGUGGCGGAACAGCCUGUAGGCCAUGGCGGUCUGCGGGAUGGGCUCGCUCUGCUCGAGCAUCUCCAGCUCCUGCAGGUCGUCACACGUGAAGCCCGGCGCCAUCAGCAGGAAGGGCGGCACCUGGCAACGCGCAAUCCAACGCAGAGUGCGGAGGGAGGGGAAUGGGAGGGAGGGCAGGGCCGGGGAGGGGUGCGGCGAGGGCUGCAGAGAGAGAGCACAGGCAGAGAGGCGUCGCGUGGGUGUCUUGUGUUGUGUGGCUGUCUGGUCUGUCUGACUGACUGACCGAGAGAAUGUCGCAUCCCAGCGUGACGUCCGUCAGCGUGAGAUGGUGCUGGCUCAGCAGCUGAUGCACGCCCUCCACAGCCAUCGGCAGGCGCGACAGCCGACACACACGCAGCUGCUGCCGCCGCAUCGCUCCCACCAGCCCGCCCACGUUCAGCGUCCCCGCAGCGUCAUUCAAAUCCAGCUGGAGCUCACUCAGGCUCGGCAGCGACAAACACGGCUGCUCGCACUGCUGCCGCUGCUGCAGCUGCUGCUUCGGCCGCCUGUGGAAGCACCUGUGCGGGCCGACAAAGCGGAAAGCGGCAUAGCGAUCGAAGUGCACCGAGUGCGGGUGCGGGAGCUGUCGCAGCCUGAGUGAGUGGAGGGCGGGGAAGGCGACCGACGGGAAGGCCGGGAGGGGCUGGGGGUGAUGGUGCUGAGGGUGAUGGUUAAGGUGGCUGUGGGGGUGUGCGGCGCAGAGGUUUGGUGAUGCGAGGCUGAUGUCUUUGAGUGUGGCGGCGUUGGCGGGGUCGGCCAGCCAGGAGAAGACCACCGUCAGGUCCAACACGGCCUCCAGGUGAACCACCUGCGGUCAACAACACAACACAGCACAGCCCAACACCAGUCAAUCGCCGACCUAAUGAUAUGAUGCAGAGCGGGGCGGCCCGCUCUCUCGUGUGUCUAUCUGUCUGUCUGACGCGGCGCACCGCACCUUACCUGUAGGGAUCUGAAGUGGACUUGUUGGAAGUUGACGGUGAUGAGUCGCGGCGGGCACAGCGCCGAUCGCGCCGCACCCGCCUUGAGCAGCUGGCUGCCGCUACUGGCACCUCCCUCGUCAAGGCCCUGGUGGUAGUGGUGGUGUUGGGUGCGAUCCACGCCUCCGAUCUGCAGGUGGGUCAGCUUGACGCAGCUGAGCCCCGAGUGCAUCACCACCACCGCACCACUACUCGACGAUGCCGACUGCGAUUGCGAUCCGCCGUAUGCAGCGGUGGCUCCCGGCAUGUCGUGGUUGGUCACGGUGAGUCGCUCCAGCAUGGGCAGCGGCAGGCCGGGCAGAUGCAGCACCACACCCUUCCCUACCGCCUUGCUGGUGGUGGCGGUAGUCCUGCUCACUGUGUGUGGUGGUGCUGUCGUCGCACUGUUGUUGGCGCUGAUGCCUGCUGUGGCAGGAUCGCGCCGCAGGGAGAGCACCACGCGCACGUCGCGCAGGCUGCGUGCGUUCUGCUCGAUGAUCUUCUCGAUGAGGGAUGGCGGCAGCGGGGCGCACACGGACAGCACCUCCAGUCGCACAAAGCUGCCCAAAGUCGCAUACAGUGCUGGCAGGGCGGGGGCGGGGAGGGGUAACAGGGCGGCUGUGCUGGUGCUGGUGCUGGCCUUGGUGGUCUGGUGCGAUGGAGAUGUGUCGGAUGGGGGUUUCUCCGUUGUUGUCAGGAGCUCGUGUGUGCCCCCGAUCUGCAGGCUGGUAGUGGCGAUGGCUCGUGAGACGGGUCGGAGUGCAGGAGUGGGUGAGGUAGAGGGUGAGAAUGAGCAUGGCGCAGGUGAGUGUCGGUAGUAGGUGACGGGUGGGCGGAAGAUGAACCGUCUGGCCAGGGGCAGCCGGGCGGUGAAGCGGCUCAGGGCACUCGACGACGGCACGUGCAGACUCGGCGACUGCACGCAACACUCAUCCCAGUACCUGACAGACACAUGACAUGAGAGACCCGGCCCGAACACACACCAUAUCGACGUCUGUGUAUUCCGUUUGUCUGUCGUUUUGCCUCUCUCUCCCACCUGUUGACGCGGCAGAGGUUGAGCGUGUCUUGAGAGGACAGGAAGGGCAGAAGCUCGUGACUGAAGAGGGCUGGUGGGAUCGCCGACAGCGCACUCACGCCCUCGCCGACGCUCACACCGGGCUCGGCGAAGCUCACGGGCACGGGACACUGCUGCUGCUGCUGCUGAUAUUGCUGCUGGCGGCUCAUGCGUUGAAGGGGAAGAUUACCUCUCUUCUGCUCCGAUUCGCAUGGCGCCCUCCGUCGCUCUCUCGGGACCAUUUCUGCUUCUCCAAGGUCUCCAAGUCAACCAGAACAGAGCCGUUAGCCGCGCCUUAUUUCCUCUCGUCAGUCAGUGCAGUGCCAUUGUCGUCACACGAGAGAGCCGAGAUGAGAUAGCAGGUUGAAUGAAUGCAGCGAGAGGGAAGGCCAG